AUGAAUGCUUAUUGUUUUACUUAUUUAUUUACUAUAAAUUAUCUAGUUGUUUCAGUUAUUGAACAAAUGACUGAUGCUAGACAAUCUUACUCAAUAGCCAUAAAAAAUAUAUGUCAAUCAUUUAAAGAAAGUGUAGAAAAAGUUGAAAGUAUAAAGAAAGACAGUGACACUAAUAAUAACAAUGAAAUUCUUUAUAAUUUUUGGCAUGUAUUUAUUGAGAAGUUUCAAAAUGAAGCUGAGCUUCAUGAAAAUGUAAUUCAGGAGACUAAAGCAAAAGUUGUGACUCCAUUACAGUGUAUUGUGAAGCAUAGAAGACAACAGAUUUCUCGUUUGAAAGCUUUUCGUACAUCAACAGAUUACACACUUAAGGAAUGUGCUGAAAAGGUUAAUGAGUUACAAAGUAAUUACGCAGAGAUGUAUAGAAUCCACCGUGAGAUACUACAAACUAAAGCUAUAAAAGACUUGCUCAAUGCUCAUAAUUCUUAUGUUCUUCAACUACAUAUGACAAAUGCCAUGAAAGCUUAUUAUCACAAAUUUGUAUUACCACAACUAAUGCAGGAAUUCGAAGGUAUUGUCAGGGAAAACAUCAUUGGAUUUGUUCAAAUUUUUGAAUAUUUUUGCUCAAUUCAUACAAAUAUGUUUGAUCAACUUAUUUGUAACAUUAAUGGUGUUCAACUUAAAGUGAGAGAGGUUUCUCCAGAUUCUGUUGUAUCAGUUAUUGUGCACAAUUUAAACAAAAAUCAAAAUCCAACACACUGGCAGCUCAUUGAAUAUCUUUCACCAGACUGUGAUUGCCCUGAAAUUCUAUGCUCAAAUCAAAUAAUUGUUGAUAAUUUAGUUAAAGUAGAAUUACGAGAUAAAUUCAGUGAAUUAAAACGUCAAUUUGCUGAACUUUCAUCAUUUAUGCAACAAAAUGUAAACAUUGUAGAUACAUUGAAAACAUUGGAAAAGAGAUUUGAUUUUGAUACUCAAACUGAGCAUAUAAACUUGAAUAUGCAUGAUGAUAUUUAUCGUAAAGAGAAUGAAAUACGUAAAGCAAAAAUAGCAUUAGCUGGGAUUGAAGUACAAGAGUCAUCAAAUAGAUAUGCAACACAUCAGGAGAUGCAUUCCCAUAGUAGCCGGUGA